AUGGCAACCAGAAGAACAACAUCGAAGAAAGCUGCUGAACUGGCCGAGAAAGAGCCACCAGAGGUUGCUCUGGCGGCAAUUGUCUCUUACAAAAAGCAAAAGGAAGUAAACGAUUUCAUUAAUUUCUUACUAGGAGCUCUUGACAGGAAUGCGAAUUGGUUGAACACCGUGGUUGGCCGUCAGAAAAACUUCAGGUGCGCGUUGUUGGUAGGUGCCGGUCCGAAUCGCUUUCAGCUUCAAGAAAUCAUAUAUCCCACAUAUGAAGAAGAAAUAACAUUGGAAGUAGAAAUGAAAGAAUCUGAAGACCACGACAAAGUAGCCAUCGCCGCUCUUGUCCAAAUGAGUAACCUGGACGAAGAGAACCUUCUGAAGUUCAUGAAAACUCGUAUUAACGAAAAUAGUAUGUUGCGGGAAGAUAUUGUACAAGGUAAAACUUUAGGGAUAAGUUUUGCUAUAUUAAAGCCCUUUGCUGAAAAACAGUACCGCGUAACAGAAAGGAUCGCUAUCGGUUCCUCUUUAAAAAGUGUCGUGCCUAUAAAAAAAAGACGAAAGGAUGAGAAAUUGUUGGCAGGGCCUCCCUUAAAGAAAACCAGAAAGGUUGUUUAUUAA